AUGUUUUCCCGGGCCAACCCAGACAAUAUUCGGACUCCCUCUAUGCCUCACGAUAGACUUCUCCCAAAGCCCGCCUUGUAUUAUGACUACUCGAGGCGAGAUGUGCCGACCCCUGAGUCUACGACACCACUGGCUCACAGGGUAAUUACCCAAGGUCUCUCUUCUGGCUUUGAUUCUGAAGAGAAUUUGGCUUCGCCAAGAGCAUCGCAAAUGACAGGAAUGGAAGCAAUCUCACAUGUUGCACUAUGUGAUUAUAAAGAUAACAUAUCUGUUUUGUCGAAGUUACCAGUGCUUGUUCAAGCAGAAACGGCUCGGUCAUCUAUGGAGAUAGAUGCAUGUCUCAUCAAGCCAGAAACUGCUCACCAAGAGUGUUCUACUUCACCAUAUUCCCCCAAGUCUGAUUUUACAGAGGAAUCCAAUGUUCAGUUUUGUUUAUGUGGACCAGAACCGAAAAUUCCCCGUCCAAGAAAUGCAUUUAUUCUAUUCCGACAGCACUUGCAAAGCUCUGUUGUUGCAGAAAACCCGGGCCUACCAAACCCAGAUAUAUCAAAGAUCAUCGGAAAGAUAUGGAAGGGGCUUCCGUUGAAAGACCAAGAGCCGUGGAAGAAACAUGCAGAUGAAGAGAAGGCAAGGCAUUUGCAGAAAUACCCAGGCUACCGAUAUCAACCACGACGGCCUGGCCGCAAGAGGAGAAACACGAGUACGGUUGGGCCUACGGUAAAAGUAGAUAUUUCUGGCACAUCGAUUUGUAGUCGAUGUGGCGGGAAGCCCAUGAAACCACCUUCAACCCCGUCCACCCCUUUCAUUCCGAACUUCAAUGAUCAGAUGGACAAUGUGCAAGCUCCUCCGUCCCACCCGGAGGAAAUACAACAUACACAAGGCCGCCGCCUGAAGUUGGAGAAUAUCCCUAGCCCUAUUAAUGCCACGUACGAAGAAAGCUGGCGUCCAGCUCCGCUUCAUGAUGAGAGUAUACCACCUCAAUCCCCAUGCAUUAAGCGACGGCGCAGCGAAGAAAGGGAGAUUUACCCAUCAAUCCGCCAUCAUUUAGGUCCUGAUGAUUACCUGUCCAAGAUAACAACUUUGCCCCGUCCAGAGCUGACUCAACGCGUUCAUUCGCCUAAUUAUAUUUGGGGUUCUCAGUCGCAUUAUUCAAACUCAGUACCUGCGUCUCCCCAUGAUCCAAGCCUGGUUCUCCCACCACUAAAGAUAGCAACCCCAAGUUACCCCCAUGGUCUAGCAAAUCUGGAAGAACAGCCAAAGGCUGUUUCGUUCUUAGAUAAGAUAAGACUUUUAUCCAAAGGUUCUCCUCCAUUCGCAUCGUGCUCUACCCCAGAGUCUGGGCAACCUGAGGGUGCUGUUAUUGCUAUCGAAGGCUAUGAUUCAGAAUCAGUAGCAUGCGUCACCGAAUAUUUGAACAAUUCUCUUUCUUGUGACGACGGUGGAAAUGUCAGAAUAUUCAAAAGACCAGAGUCAGGCAAUCCGACGGCGUCAGAGGAUACACGAAAGGCUGCUGGGAAUUUCCUUGAGACCAUCUUUUCCUGGUAUAAAAUAUCCGGUACCAUAAUUGAGUUCCUGAAUGACCGAUUUUUACCCGCAGCUCGAAGAUCAACGGUCGGAGAGACUGGGUCCCGCACUUCAUUGCAGUCAAUCUUACCCAAAACCGAAGACCUGAGUAUCUGUUCGACAGAACGGUCCGCUUCUGGUGAAACUAUCUUUACCCCUGAACCUGAAGAAGCAGUGCAUACGCCUACAUCAUCCUCUUGCAACAGUGACUCUACAUUCCGUGUUGCCCUAGUCCCACACUAUCAAUUAGCUACCACGGAAUCUCAUGUCAAUUCGACGCCACGCAAUCGCUCGCACGAUCUUACAGAUUACUGGGAACGCAUGGCGAUGCAGUGGGGGAGCUGUGUCGGGCCAGACAUCACCGUAUUUAUACAGGACUGCGACCAAGCUGAGAUGAACAGAUAUGGCUCUGGGAACCCGGUUGAGAACCGUUUAAAUGAUGUUCGUACGCUGGUGAUCAGACGCCUUGCUGGUAGCACCGAGGGUAUCGAUGAAAGGGCACUAAGAAGAGUUGGAUUCGAGGUCAAAGAGUUCCUCAGGAAAUGA